AUGAACGCAUCCUAUACUAUGGCUGAAGAUACAGGUGUUUCUGCUCUCCUGGCAUCUCGUGCGAUAGUGUUCUCGAGAGUGAUAUAUGAUGCAUUUCGCGGAGGACGCUUGAAACCUUCCGACCAUGGCAGCUACUGCGCAGCUCACGGGAUCGCCGCCAGGCUUCAUCUAAUUAACGAAUAUCUCGGAUCUCUUCCGCUUUAUGGCCUUGAGCCCGAUGUUGACCAACUCUGCCGCACAAUGUUGCGUAGCUUAGAUGCUAUUUCUCGGCCAACGGUGGGACCAGCGCGCUCAUUUCCUUUCAAUUGGACUUACACCACAGAUCUGGAGACAGACGUUAUGAAUUUUUUCAAGAAGCAAACGGGAAAAAGCCAAGAAAUUGGGCGCGAUUGUGACAACCUCAUCCAAAGGCUGACCAAAGGCGGGGAUGGACUGCCCAAGAUCGUGACUCAGCAUCUCGAGACACCGGAUACAUUUUUGGAUGACCUGAACAAUGGGGCUUUCGAUGCACUUCAAUCCAUCGCUGAAUGUCAAUCUACGGAAUAUCAGACUUGCCGAACGAUGCUGACCGUUGAAGACGACUCGGAAAUCAUGCGACAUCCUACACGACUCUGUUUGCAUGAACUCCAGGCCGAUCAAAAAAAGGUUGCACGAGAUAUGACAGUCCUUGUUUCAGCUAUGGGUAUGACUCUUUGGCAAGAGUUUAGUUUGAUGAUCUUCAGUAACCCAAGCAGCCAUGCUGAUGAUGGCCAGCUUUUGAGUCGAGGAGGGUUCUGCCAUAUUCUCGAUCAAGAAAUCUAUGCUAGCGUGCCUCUCUCAUACAAGGGCGGCCAAGGUCUCUUUAGGCUCAACUAUUCGCGAGUCUUACGGCAAAUUUUCCAGGCUGGGAAUGGAGAACCUCUAAAAAGGGUCUUACGCUAUUACAACCUCACCCCAAAAGACAAAGUGCUACUGUCAUACGCUAUAGCCCGAUCAUUCUGGAAAUAUUAUAACUCAGAAUUAAUAAUGCGAACUAAAUGGACGAGCGACGACAUCUGGUUUAUGCCUGAGGAGGGCAAUAGAGGAAGUAGAGAUCAACUACCACUAUGCGCAUAUCUGUCAUUUCCUUUCGGCACUCCUGGCAGAACUGAUUCUGAUAUCUCAGACAAGGAUCAGCUGACACAUAAAUAUCCUCAGAUAUUUGAUAUAGGCGUAUUGCUUCUAGAAAUUGGUCUCGCUAAGCCGUUUCAAACCAUAGAUCGCAAAAAUAGAAUCUCGCAAGCGAACUUUAAUCACAAGAGGGCAAUCGACGAGCUAGAAGAACUUAGAAAGAUGGAUUGGGAUGGUUUUAGGAAUAAUAAGAAGUAUUUUGAUGAAGCUGUGAGAUUCUGUCUCGAGAGCGAGGGCGUCAAUCCUGCAUCAGAGCAACAAAAACCAGUUGAGAAAGAAUAUAUCGUUAUACGGAGCAGGUUUUACGAAUACGUGGUCUUCCCACUCAAAUGGCUAGCAACAAAAGGCUUCGGAACGCAAGUCGGGCACAUUAAUUAUGUCAACAAGAAGCCUCCUUCUCCCCUGCAAAGAGUAUCUGAUAACGAGCCUAGGAAAUUGGAACCAGAAGCAGAAUUUCACAGCGCUACUGUAGUUCCUCAGAUGUGGCUACGAGACCUGAAAAAAAUCAGUGAAGUGGUGGAGCAUAAACGACGCACAUGUGCAGUUUCAGCCGAGAUUCGCGUCGCCAUCCUGGAUACAGGGUUGGACAGAGAAUUCCCUGCCUUUCGAGCGAAGAGCGGACUGAUGAAGAGCAUCGUCGAGGAAAGAGACUUUGUUAAUCCUAACGCGCCAAUUAUGACAGAUGAUUUUGGACACGGGACCCUUAUGGCAAGGCUCCUGAUGGAGUGCGCUCCUGGAGCAGGUAUUAUAGUUGCGCGUGUUGCUAAAAACACUAAUGAGCUUGAGAGCAGUCGUGAAAACAUCAAGAAGGCUAUCCUCUGGGCCGGGCAGAUUGGCAAAGCCGAUAUUAUCCUUAUGUCCUUUGGCUUUCAUCAUAAGGACCAAGGGAUAUGCGACGCUAUUGAGAAAGUACAGAAGGAACGCCAAGAGAAUAUAAUUUUCCUAGCUAGUGCUGGGAACUCGUCUAUAGACGAUGAAAGCUUCCCUGCCCGUCACCCUGCUGUUAUAUCAGUCUACGCUACAAACUGCAACGGAGUCUUUCUACAAUCAAAUGCAAGAAGUACUAGCAAUAGUGCCACUGUACUCGGCACAUUCGGCGACGAUAUCCCAAACUCCCUUCAAGAGGAAUUUAGCAGUACAUACCCGAAGAUUUGUGAGCCCGGGUCAUCUGUCGCGACGGCAAUAAUGGCAGGCAUAAGUGCUACAUUGCUGAUAUACGCCACUGCACUGCCUCAAUUAAUCUCACUGCAAGGAAAAGCGGCGAGCACGACCGACAAGAUCCUACAACUUCUCUGGACCACCAAAGGCAUGGAGGCAGCACUGGGUCGGCUGGCACCAAAAGACGAGGACUUUCCACGGCAUAGGGCUGUGAACCCGAUCUGGUUUUGGAAGAAGUCGAUUGAUCUCGCGCGAUACGCAGCUAUUUUUGAUACCCUGUCAAACUUGGACAGAACAUCAUAG